AUGGCUUCGAAUGUUAAAGCUAAGCGUCUUGUUCUGACCGCUGCCGUGACGUCGAUCACCAUUGCGGGAACGCUUUACGGCGCCGGUCUCAAAUCGGGACAAGAAGUUACCCAGGCAGCUCAAAAAGCACGGGAAAUAUCGAUCGAUGAGCGCAUCUCGGCACUUCGGAGUACGCGACAGGAAUUGACGGGCAAGAAACAUCACGUGGAGAAGCAAUUGAGGGAUCUGGAGGUCCGAAUCGAGGAGCGAAAACGCAAGAACAUCGAUGGCUUGAAAAAGGAACCACCUCAUAAUUGA